AUGAUUGUGGCCUUCAGGGAACAGCAGAGGGAGCACCCCCCUAUCCACAUCGACGGGACAGUAGUGGAGAGGGUAGUAAGUUUUAAGUUCCUCGGCGUAUACAUCACGGACAAACUGAAUUGGUCCACCCACACAGACAACAUUGUGAAAAAUGUGCAGCAGCGCCUCUUCAACCUCAGGAGGCUGAAGAAAUUUGCAAAAGCUCUCACAAACUUCUACAGAUGCACAAUCGAGAGCAUCCUGGUGGGCUGUAUCACCGCCUGGUACGGCAACUGCUCCGCCCACAACCGUAAGGCUCACCAGAGGGAAGUGAGGUCUGCACAACGCAUCACCGGGGGCAAACUACCUGCCCUCACGGACACCUACACCACCCGAUUAUGCCUGAAAUGUAUUUCCAUGUCAGUACUGAGGUGUUUGGGAAUCCCAUGUCGAGUGGUUACCAACUUCCAGUCAGCCCACGACACCGACAAAAACCUGACAAUUGACGACUUCUUCUCCGACUAUGGAGUCAGACCCAAACAGAGCCCCGACAGUGUAUGGAACUACCAUGUGUGGGUGGAGGCCUGGAUGACACGGCCCGAUCUCUCAGCAGGCUCCUUAUACGACGGCUGGCAGGCUGUGGACCCCACCCCCCAGGAGAAAAGCACUGGUGUUUACUGCUGCGGCCCUGCUCCAGUCAAGGCCAUACUGCAGGGUCACGUUGACCUCAAAUACGAUGUGCCCUUUGUCUUCGCCGAAGUCAACGCCGACCGUGUAACCUGGAUGGUGUUCGCUGACGGCUCCAAGAAAAAGAUCUCCACGGACAGUGUGUCCGUAGGCCAGAGCAUCAGCACCAAGGCAGUGGGCAGCGACAAGAGAGUGGACAUCACUGCCAACUAUAAACAUGCAGAGGGCACGGAAAAGGAGAGGGAUGUGUACAAUCAAGCUGUGAAAAGAGUCAAUAUACCCGAAGAGAAUUCAAAUGGGAUCCAUGACGACAAACCUGGCGUUUCCAUGAAGAUCGUGGAGCUGACCAAGCCGGUCAGCGGCAAAGACAUUGACCUCGAGCUUGUACUGAACAGCAACGACAAUGUGACUCGGACACUAGUGAUCAAUGUCAAUGUUCAGGCCAUGAGAUACAAUGGGAUCCCAUCCUCCCAGAUACAGACUGAAUUGAAAGAACAGAAGCUCCUUCCCAACCAAGAUCUGACUAUACCCAUCCACAUCCCCUUCUCUGUGUAUGGUGAGAAAAUGCGGGAGAGCAACAGCAUCAAGGUUUCGGCUGUGGUCACAGACAAGGACAAGAGUGGGGCCGUGUACAUCACAGAGAAAGACCUUGUGCCAGAGAGCCCUUUGCUCACCAUCAAAGUCAUUGGAUCUGAAUUGCAGUAUAGUGACAUGACGGCAGAGGUUGUUUUUGAGAACCCUCUAUCUGAAGGUCUAAGAGACUGCUUCAUAACAGUGACCGGUAGUGGCUUGCUGACUGAAACAAUGGAAGCCAGAACACCUUUGAUAAAACAAGGGCAACGACUAUGUGUGAAGAUGCCCUUCACCCCAUACAGACCCGGUCCUAAGAAGCUAGUGGCCGGCUUCAACUGUGAUCAAUUCAGGGACAUUAAGGCAAGCUGCAAUGUGUACAUCAAACCGUCACCAGUGUUGUCCCCCCACUGCCGUUUGGUAGGCCUGAUCACCAACAACAAUGAGACAGCCGAUAGGGAGGAGAUCAGAGACCUGGCCAUUUGGUGCCAGAACAACGACUUCUCCCUCAACAUGAUCAAGCCAAAGGAGAUGAUUGUGGACAACAGGAAAAAGAGGACCGAGCACGCCCCCAUUCUCAUCGCAGUGGAUCAGGUUGAGAGCUUGAAGUUCCUUGGCGCCCACAUCAUCAACAAACUAACAUGGUCCAAGCACACCAAGACAGCCUUGAAGAGGCUGAUCCUGCAGGUGAAGAAGCCGGAUGUGGAGGUCCUGGAUGGCAUGGUCUGCGGUUAUGAGGCCGGUUGGACGGUCAGUCACGUGUGUUUAGAAGCAGACCUGAACUGGGUGCAGUUUUUGGACUUUGCUGUGGAUCACAACCUACAGAAGAUCAAAGCUCUGAUUCAAGGGUCCAGCUAG